GUGGUGGUUCAAUUCCGUAUUAUUAGAUCUUCAAACACAUUACAACUGCUCCUGUGUGCCGUAAACCAGGAGAGUUGAUAUGUGAACGUUGACUUAUGAGGUUGUUAGCUUGCUAAGUAGUGUUCAAAAGGCUAUAUAAGAUAAAUUACAUAUUUUUUCGUGUAGCUAAGCUGCUAGCGAGCUGUCUAGAUAUUUGUUUAGCGUUAUCUUGCUAGGCUAGCUAAGGUUUAGUCGACGUUAUUACAUUAUGGACGUUUUGCGUCCACAACUUAUCAAUAUAAAUGGAAGAAUAUAUCGAAGGAACGUAAUUAAAGAAGAACGUUAUGAAGAGGAGGAGGAUUUCUCCUACAUGGGACCACCAGAGAGUGAAGAGCUUGCAGCAGAUGAAACCUGUGACACCCACAUCAUUGAACAGACUGAUAAAGGUUUUCGCUGUGCCAUUGAUGUCCCAAGUGUUCUGUACAAAUACAUAAUUGGGAAAAAAGGAGAAACACGCAGACGCCUGGAGUCUGACACAAAGACAUCUAUCAACAUCCCAAAACAAGGCGUGGAAGGACAGAUUGUUAUCACAGGUUCCCACAAAGCUGCGGUCUCGUCUGCAGUCACGCGCAUUGAGGUCCUCAUUGACAGUUUCCGGAGAAAGCAGCCUUUCACACAUUUUCUGUCAUUUCCUCUGAAUGACCCCAAAGUUCAAGAGGGAUUCCAGAAAUUUAAAGAUGACGUCUUGGAGCAGUGUUCACAGGACCACGGAGUUGAGGAAAGCAUCUUUCAGAACCCCGCAAAACUACACCUGACAGUCGGUACCCUGGCUCUGUUAAAUGACAUGGAAGUGAGAAAAGCAUGUGAGCACCUCCAGGACUGUCAAAACUUCAUCAGGGACAUUACAGAAGGAAAACCUCUGCCUUUGGAGGUGACAGGUAUAGAGUAUAUGAAUGAUGACCCAGCCAUGGUGGAUGUCUUGUAUGCCAAAGUCAACGUGAAAGACGGAACUGACAAGCUGCAGGUGAUUGCAGACCGGCUGGUAGAGCACUUUGUGUCAGCAGGGCAGAUGGUCAGAGAGUGGGACAGAGUCAAGCUGCACGGCACUGUGAUGAACACACUGUUCAGAAAGGACUCCACAGUUGAAGACACGGGCGGCCCAGGAAGACAAACCAUGAACGAAAGAGAGUCUUUUGAUGCCAGGAAAAUAUUAAAGACAUUUGGUGCUUAUCGUUUCGGAGAGUUUGAGCUGAAUACUGUCUUGCUGUCCCAGAGAUAUUCAACAGACUGCACAGGCUACUACACCUCUGCUGGAAGCAUCAACUUCUGUUGAGGUGAACAUGGCAGCAGGAUGAAAAGUUUGCAGCGUGGUCAGCUGAUGAAGAAACUCUCUGAUGACAAUAAAGCACCGUUUCCUUCAGAUUGGGACAAGUUGAACAUGAAUGGACUUAACAACAAAGUGCCGUAGCAUCUUUACUGAAUGUUUGCUGAAUUAAAACAGAAAAAAAUGA